UCAUCUCUCCUUUGUUUUCUCUCUUUGAGUGCUGUGUGUUCGCGUGUGAGUGCUUUGGCAGCAUCAGUCGAACAAAUGAUCAGACAAGAAGGUCUCUGUGUAAGAGAAAACUAGAGUUUGAGGUUUGAAUUAUAUUCCUUUUCUUUAUUCUUGGGGGGAAGCUGGAGCAAUUGAAUUGUUCUUGGUUUGAAUCAAUUACCCUAGCUUGGUUACUGAAUGAUAUAGAUCGUCUAGGGUUUUCUCAUUAGGUUUGUGUGUUGUGGAGAGUUUCCUCCACUCAAUCUGAUGUGAGAGAAAAGCUUUGUCCUUUCCGAUUAUUAGGGCUUCUGAAUGACGAGCACAGGCGAGCCUGACCGUAAAAAACGUCACUUUAGCUCCGUAUCACCCACGGAGGCUGCAGCCGCCGUUAAGAAACAGCCCUUCUUUUGGCCCUCCUCCGAAGACAAGCUUGAUACUGCAGUCCUUCAGUUCCAAAACUUGAAGCUAUCGCAAAAGCUAGAGGCUCAGCAGGUGGAGUGUUCUAUUCUUGAAGAUAGGCUUUCUCAGAUCAAGGACAAACAGUUGCCGUAUAGUUCCAGUUUGAAGACUGUUCAUAAGUCUUGGGAUAAGCUUACAGAUGCAGUUGAAUCAUGCUCCAUUCGUGUGAGUGGUUCAAGCAGUGGAGCUCAUAGGUCUGUAAACAAUGAGGAUGGGUCUUCUCCGGAUAUUAAAGACGAUUUCAUCAACCGGCUACUUGAAACUGGUGCCACUGAGAGCUCCUCCUCAUCCAAUAUCUGCUCGAAUGGGAUGGAAGAAGGUAGAGGGAAUAAUACAUCAAGUCAGGUGACGCAGGCAUUGCAUAACCUAGUAGCCGCGACUAAUGAUGUAAGGUGUCUGAAGGAUGAACUGUAUCCCACAGUUCUCAGAACCGAUUUGUGUGGUCAGCAGCUAGCGCUGAGUGAGUUGGAAUCAGAAGUUAAAAGUUUCAGAGUGGCUCUAGAUGAUGUACUUGUGAAGUUCAAAUCACUAUCGAGAGAAUUGCAGAGCUAUCGAGAUGCCGAUGCUAGGGUUAGAGCUGACCUUAAACGAAUAAGAGGGGAGGUAGAGGAUGAGGUCGUGGAGCUUCAACAAUGUAAUGGUGACUUGUCAGCACUGAGAGCAGAAAGGGAUGCAACAGCAGGGGCGUUCUUCCCAGUGCUGAGCCCUAGAAAUAAACUUGCUAGUAGCGAUAAGACAAGGGAUAAACAAAGGGAUUUGCAAGACAUGGAAAGGGUUCUGAAAGAGUUAACGGUCCUGGCUUCAAGCAGGCUACAAGAACUAAAAGAUCUUCAUGAGGAGAGGACAAAGAUUCUUGAAAAAGUUAGCAUUUUGCAGAACAAGUCAAAGUCUGUGAGGGGCAUCUCAUCUUCUCAAGACUGCCUUUCUUUGAAAGACCAGCUGAAAAGAUCUAAAGAAGCAGUGUUCAAGUAUAUGGCUUUGCUUGAGAAACUGCAGGUUGAAAAAGAUAGUAUUUUCUGGAAGGAAAGGGAAUUGAACAUAAAAAACGAACUUGUUGAUGUUUCUCGAAGGAUUGCUUCUGUUGCUGAUUCUAGAAUGGCUUCUUUAGACGUGGAGAUACAGAAACAGCAUGAUGAGAAAGCGAGAAUCAAGACUAGAUUGGGAAACAUUUCGAAAGAGCGAGGUAGAAAAGAACUCUUUGCAGAUACGAAGGCGUUAGUGUCUUCGUUCCCAGGGGAAAUGAGUUCCAUGCGAAGUCAGUUAAGCAGUUAUAAAGAGACUGCUGGAGGUAUUCAUUCUCUGCGGGCUGAUGUCCAGUCCCUCUCCGGGGUUCUAUGUAGGAAGGGAAAAGAGUGUGAAGCAUUGCAUCUGAGAUCAGCUGGUUUUGCUUCUCAGUUACGUGACCUGAAUGCUACGGUUCGUGAUUUGAAGAACAGUCACGAGGAGUUACAGUUGUUUACGGACAUGUUUAAACGCGAAUCCACUGAUCCGUGGGACAUAGCUGAAGCCAAGGAACAAGAGUACAGGGCCUGGGCUCAUGUUGAAAGUUUGAAGAGCUCCCUUGAUGAGCAGAAUCUCGAGCUGCGCGUUAAGGCAGCAAACGAAGCUGAGGCAGUAUCACAACAAAUGUUGGCUGCUGCUGAAGCUGAGAUUGCUGAUUUAAGACAGAGAAUGGAUGAUUGCAAACGGGAUGUGGCAAAGCAUUCUGAUGUCUUGAAAUCCAAAAAUGAGGAACAUGGAACAUAUCUAUCUGAAAUACAGACAAUUGGAAGUGCCUACGAGGACAUUGUACCACAAAACCAACAGCUUUUGCUUCAAGUCACUGAGAGGGAUGACUAUAACAUCAAGCUUUUCUUGGAAGGCAUAACUUCAAGGCAGAUGCAAGAUGCUCUGCUAAUCGAUAAAUACAUCAUGGAUAAAGAUAUUCAGCAAGCCAGUGCAUCAGCAAGUUUCCUCUCCAAGAGAUCCUUAAGAAUUGAAGAUCAGAUGAGGCUCUGCACAGAUCAGUAUCAGAGACUAGCGGAAGAUAAAUAUCAGAAGUCAAUCACUCUUGAGAAUCUGCAAAAGAAGCGUGCAGAUGUUGUGAAUGGCUUGGAACAAGCUAGGUCAAAGCUGGAGGAGUCGCAUUCUAGAGUUGAGAAAAGUCGGGUGGACUAUGGAGCAUUGGAACUUGAGCUGGAAACCGAAAGGUUCAAUAGGAGAAGGAUAGAAGAGGACAUGGAAACAGCCAAGAAGAAAGUUUCUCGUCUUAGGUCUCUGAUAGAAGGAUCAUCAGCCACUCAGAAACUCCGUCAAGAGCUCAGUGAAUUCAAAGAGAUUUUGAAGUGUAAGGCCUGCAACGACCGCUCAAAAGAGGUGGUGAUCACGAAGUGCUUCCAUUUGUUUUGCAACCCAUGUGUGCAAAAGAUCAUAGGAACUCGACAGAGGAAGUGUCCAACUUGCUCAGCAAGUUUUGGACCCAAUGAUAUCAAGCCUAUCUACAUAUGAUGAUGAUGAUGCACAUGGAACAAACUUUUUGUGUUUUUGUUUUUGUUUUGUU